AUGACUGGAGCCACCGUCCCAGAAAAUGCGCCGGAUCAUUGCCCGGGAGUUGAAUCCGAGCAAGCAGGGAAAGCAGACGCUUGCAAUGGAUGUGCGAACCAAGAAAUCUGCGCGUCCGACAAGCCAAAGGGGCCUGAUCCUGCUCUACCAUUGAUAAGGGAGCGAAUGAGACACGUAAAGAGGAAGAUACUUGUCCUCAGCGGCAAAGGCGGGGUUGGUAAGAGUACAUUUACCGCCCAAUUGGGCUGGGCCUUUGCUGCAGAUGAAAAUUUCCAGACGGGGAUUAUGGACGUUGACAUCUGCGGGCCAUCUAUCCCGACGAUUCUGGGCAUCGCCAACGAGCAAGUACACUCUUCGGCAUCUGGUUGGUCACCCGUAUACGUACAAGACAACCUUGGGGUCAUGUCUGUCGGCUUUAUGCUCCCCUCAGCCAAGGACGCCGUCAUGUGGCGAGGGCCCAAGAAAAACGGACUUAUCGCACAGUUUCUUAAAGACGUGGAUUGGGGAGAGCUUGAUUGGCUCGUAGUGGACACCCCACCAGGGACUUCUGAUGAGCACCUGAGCGUCGUGCAAUAUCUCAAAGAGUCUGGGAUUGAUGGCGCUGUACUCGUCACUACGCCACAAGAGGUUGCGCUCCAGGAUGUUCGGAGGGAGAUUGACUUUUGUCGAAAGGUUGGCGUGCGCAUCAUUGGGCUCGUGGAGAAUAUGGCCGGGUUCGUGUGCCCGAAUUGCAAAAAUACGUCGGAAAUAUUUAGACCGACGACGGGUGGUGCGGCAAGGCUUGCAAAGGAGUGCGGAAUCGAGCUCCUUGGAAGUGUGCCACUGGAUCCCAGGAUUGGCAAGAGUGCAGACUAUGGGGUGAGCUUUCUGGAUGAGUAUCCGGAUAGUCCUGCGACGACCGCAUUUCUGGAUAUCAUAGACAGAAUCCAAGAAAUCCUGGAUAAAGAAGGACCCUCGUCGUGA